CUUAACCAUUACUGCAACUGUUGAGAGAUAAUAGUAGUUUGAGAAAUGGAUUUUCUAGCUAUAUUUUUCGUCUGUUUACUUUCAUUAUCAAGUGUAGAAGCCUCUAGUAACAUUGGUGUGAACUAUGGCGUGCUUGGUAACAAUCUACCGUCUCCGUAUCGGUCCAUUGAAUUACUAACAGCAAUGAAAGCUAGAGGCGUGAAGAUCUAUGAUGCUAACCCAGAUAUUCUAAGGCUUUUAUCAACCACAAAUCUCAAAGUUUCCGUUAUGAUCCCAAACAAUGAAAUCUCAGGCAUUGCUGCAAACCAAAGCAUAGCAGAUGAAUGGGUGAGAAACAAUAUACUCCCAUACUACCCAAAAACCCUGAUUCGCUACUUACUUGUAGGAAAUGAAGUGCUAAGCUACAAUUCAGAACAAGGCCACAAAAUGUGGCAUGAUCUUGUACCAGCAAUGAGAAGCAUCAAAAGAGCACUUAAUUCUCAGAACAUUAGAGGCAUCAAAAUUGGCACCCCAUUAGCCAUGGAUGUCUUAGAAUCAACCUUCCCACCAUCAAGCGGGACAUUCAGAUCCGACAUAAGAGACAGUGUGAUCGCACCGAUGCUCAAAUUCUUAGACUCAACCAAUUCCUUUUUCUUCAUUGAUGCAUACCCAUAUUUCCCAUGGUCACAAGACCCCAAAAAUAUUAACCUAGACUUUGCUCUCUUCAGGGGAAAUUUCACCACGCAAGACCCUGGCAGUGGCUUAAUCUACAGAAACUUGUUAGACCAAAUGCUUGACUCAGUUAUAUUUGCCAUGUCUAAACUAGGAUACUCCAACAUCAAGCUUGUAAUAUCAGAAACAGGAUGGCCAAACUCCGGCGACAUAGAAGAAACAGGCGCAAACAUUUUCAACGCAGCCACAUACAAUCGCAAUCUCAUCCAAAGAAUGUCAACAAAACCACCCAUUGGAACUCCAGCAAGACCCGGAGUCACAAUACCAACCUUCAUCUUCGCACUUUUUGACGAAAACCAGAAGUCAGGUCCUGGAACAGAACGACACUGGGGUUUGUUACACACAGAUGGAACCCCAAUGUAUGAUUUAGACUUAACAGGAAAAAAAUCCAUCACAGAAUAUCCAGCAUUACCAUCUCCAAAGAACAAUGUACCAUACAAAGGUAAAGUCUGGUGUGUCGCAGCACCCGGAGCAAAUGAAAUGGAAUUAACAGCAGCUUUGUCCUAUGCCUGCAGUGUAGCAAACAUGACCUGUGAAGCACUUUCACCAGGAAAUGAAUGCUAUGAACCAGUUUCAGUCACUAAUCAUGCAAGUUACGUUUUUAGCACCUAUUGGGCUAAGUUCAAAAGUAAUGGAGCUACUUGCUAUUUCAAUGGCCUUGCCAUAGAAACAACCAAAGACCCUAGUCGAGCUUCUUGCAAAUUCCCAAGUGUAACCAUCUAGAGACAGAAGCUUCCUGAUCAGAGCAAGGAUUAUUAAGUUUCAAGAGACUAUUAUCUUUAGAUUUGAAUAGAUAUCAUCAACAUUAAAUUUAUCUUUGAAAUUAAUUGUACUAAACAAUAAUUAUCAAGCAUUUCAAGCUUAGGCAAUUUGUGUUCAUGAAUUACAAAAGGAAC